AUGGGAGAGCCAGCCCAUCAUCGGAAGUGCCCCGGUUGGCAACUUACAAUUAUCCGCUGCUACAUACUUCACUGGUGCAAGUUUGGGAGCUACACACUCCUGCACCUGGGAAGCAACACCAUUGUGGACUUCCGGCUUGUUCAGAGCAAUGAAGUAGGUGGUAGUUACCACAUGGAAAAGGAGGGACUCAAAAGAUGCCUAGAUCAUCUGGAGUCAAACGAUUUGGUGGUUGAGUACAUUGUGACUGACCGUCAUCCACAGAUCCAGAAGUUUCUGAGGGAACGCAACAUAGAACAAUUCUAUGAUGUGUGGCACUUUGAAAAAGGUUUGUCCAAGAAACUUUUGAAACUUUCACAGAACAAGGACUGCAAGGUGUUGAAGAGGUGGCUGCGCAGCAUAAAAAACCAUGUAUACUGGAGUGCGACGAGCACAACCUCUGGGCCGGAGAAGGUGGCAAGGUGGACGUCAGUGGUCAACCACCUACAAAACAUUCACGUGCAUGACGACCCCCUAUUCCCCAAGUGUUCACAUCCUGAAAGAGCCUCAAGCGAUGCAAAUAAAUGGCUAAAACCUGGUAAGUUCAAUAUUUAUAAAACAAUUGGAAAUAACAAGUGA